CUGAGAUCAGUGAUCGCAAUUGCAUCAAAACGCUUAGAUUUCAACAUCCUUAUCCUGUUUGCGUGUUUUCAUAACAAAAAGUUGAAAUUAGUUAGAAAGUUCGAAGUUGUCAUUAAAUUACAAUAUGAAUAAAAAGAGUUGUUAUUCUUCUCAUACCAAUAAAUUAAUUCUAAGUAUACUUGGAUGUAAAUGUAGAUUGUUGUAUGAAUUAAAUGGUAUAGAGAAUAUUAUUUUCAUCUUUUUAAAAUUAAAAUUACACUUCAAACUUACUAUCGACGUUUCGAAAUAGCUUGUUAAAAUAACUAUGAUAAUAUCUUAGGUGAUCAAGAUGACUUCAGAUCUCUGUGAAGAAGAUGUAGUCGUUCGAUUAUCCUCACCUCAUAUAAUAUCAUCAGAGACGAUAGUACCAGCUGCCAGUAAUGUUGGCGGUGGACGAAUACAGACCGGAGGAGUGGAGCUGGGUCGCAGACUGCUCUUAGCAGCCAGAGCAGGAGAUACCGCUACUGUACUUGAUCUCAUGGCCAAAGGUGCACCAUUUACCACUGACUGGCUGGGUACAUCACCGCUGCACCUGGCUGCUGCCAACAACCAUGUGGAGACAUGCGGUGUAUUACUGAGGGCGGGUGUGUCUCGGGAUGCUCGGACUAAAGUUGAACGAACACCGCUGCACCUGGCCGCACAUGCUGGGCAUGCCGCUGUAGUUGCACUGCUGCUCGACCAUGGAGCUAUGGUGGACUGUCGCGACAUGCUCCACAUGACGCCGCUGCACUGGGCGAGUGCUCGAGGUCACGUGGCCGUGGUCCGCGAGCUAGUGUGUCGCGGCGCGGAUUUGCUCGCUCGCUGCAAGUUCAGGAAGACGCCGCGCUGCCUCGCCGUCCGCGCCGGGGCCAGUGACGUCAUGGCUGUCCUCGACCAAGCUGCCAAGGAACACGACCGACCCACAGUGACUGAGGAAACGCCAAAGAUUCAACAUUUUGAAACAAUCCAAAGACUACAGGAGGUCAGACAGCAGACCAAAGCUAAGCCUCCGGAGAAGACUAUCGUAAUAGAAUCUAAGACUGAGCCGGCGUCGGGUCUGUCCGGGGCGGCGUUACUCCGCGCACACGGCAUCACUCUCCUACCCCGGGACCGCGGCUCCACUGUACUCAGCGCACUGAGGAGCGGACGGACCGUCGUACUGUCCGAUGCCGGGAAGCUGAUGUUGAAGGAGAGCACCAACGCCCCGGUGAUGGUCAGCGCCACCAGCGCCUCUGUGGACGCGAGCAACAACAGCAACAACACAGCCAGCAACAGUCAGUCAAGCUUGCCCACAACUAACAUAGUGACCAGUUCAAACAUCACCGACGCUAAAGGGGUCAUGGUCCGAGCGAGGACCCUCAACACCAUCAAGGGCGUCAAAGGCUUGCAAAUGCUCUCCGUCAACAGAUCCGACCACACUGUUAAGAAGGUCAUCAGUUCACAUGACUUGCAGAAAGUAAAAUUACUCGGCGUGAAAGAGAACAAGUCACCCCGCCGUCCAGCUCUCAAGAUCCUUCUCAACAAAGCCAACCUCACACGACUACUCGCCAACACCACUAACGCUGCUACCACCAACAACACACAGAUAUCGAUCGAGCCGUCCGGCGAGCUGAGCGAGUCGCCGGUUCAAAGUGACGCGGUGAUGGAGGACGCGUCGGAAUCGUCCCUGAGGGUUCAACUGCAACAAGCGCACGCCGCCCUGGCCAGCCUGGCCGCCGAGCUACGACACUGUAAGGCUAAACUGGCCAAAUACGAACACACGCACUGAUGCCAAAUACGACAAUCCGCUGUAUGUGGACUUUGAUGAGAACAGAGAGUAAAAUGACUCGACUUGUUAGGUGUGAGUGAAGCGAGCUCCGCGUUCAGACGACAGUACCGCAGACUGUUGACGGAAUAAUGUUACAUCCAUAUAUUUUAGGAAGAUACUUAGAUCACGUUCAUCCAGACACGAUCCCGUCAUAGAACCGUGUUCAAGGUAUAAAACAGAGAAACUCAUCCCUAUCACGGAUGUACUGACCAGGACAGAAAUUAUACAUUGAAUACUAAAGGUAAAGUUUAUGAAUAGUCUCUGACGCUACGGGUACAAUAGAAGAAAACGCAGUAAUUAAAUAGAUUCAUAGAUGUAAUAAAAGAAUAAGUUGAAGGUAAACAAUUGAUAAGGUUGUUUACAUGAACCAUAGGCUAUAUACAGCAUGUUCAAGUUCGCAUCGUCACGCGACAUACGGAGCGUUUGAUGAUUUUCAUCACUGAAUCUUUGCUCAUUACAGUAUUGACGUAGGUUAUUGUAUGAGAAAACGGGGAACGGUCCGUGUUUAGUGUGGCGCUGAGGACUCGGACUAAGUAUAUUCAAGACUGAAAGUGAAUGUGUCUAGAGAAAGAGCAAUGAAUGAGCGACUGUGAACUUGUAUAUCAUACUAGCCAUCUAGGAACAACUGCCUUACUCCAAAUUAUGUCAUAAGCAUGUAAAGGAUUGUUGAACGAAAUCUGUUCAGUUGACUUGUAACUUUAUAUGAGUCAUAGCGCUCGUUGUUUCAUUAUUGACUUCCCCUACUCACACAGACCCUGCACUCGUUCAAUGAUAUAGGUUUAAUUAAACACAUGAUAGCUGUGAUUCAGCACAAGAUGUGAUACAUCAGGCCUUUAUAAUUUUGUAUAUAUCCUUAGGUAUUGUUUGGUGAUGUUGAGAAACGAUACAACAUGUACAAAUAUUGUAAAAAUAAUGAAAAAAUCUGAACUCGUUUGAAAAUUAUUGUAAUAUUAAAGAGUUUUUUAUUGUUUAGCAAAUACUUGUAGUGUUGUAAAUGUAAAUAAUGAUUAAACAAAGAUUUUAUAAGAUGUUAAGGAAAAUAAUAUCACAACAUAUUGUGAACUCCUCUCCCGCUCGGAACACAGCGCAGGUUUGAUGUUAUUUUCACUAUUCGGUUGUUUUUAAUGUUAAUCAUUUGAAUAAAGUUUAAGUAAAGCUCUCUCUAUGUUUAAUGUAUAGAUACUCGUAGUAAUGGUAACACGAGACGUGGAAAUAAUGUUCAAUAAGACACAAGGAAUUGACACUACUAGGGUUUAUUAUCAAAAUUAUAUGCCAUAGAUUAGGAUUCUGAGAAUGUAUAUUUUUAAUAUAAAAUGUUAAUUAGCGUUUAUAAAACAAAUACAUUUUUUCUUACAUUCA